AACCCAGAAUUAUUCUCGCACUCUCACAUUUCUAUACAAACCAUGGACGCCGCCAUUGAUCUCUCCGACGCCUCAAAGGCCCUCGACUUGGCCAACAUUCGCUUCCAACUCAUCCGCCUAGAGGAUACAAUCACCUUUCACCUGAUCGAGCGCGUGCAGUUUCCCCUCAACCAGACCAUUUACGUGCCCGGCGGUGUCGAUAUUGGCGAGCCCGACGUCAGUCUGUUCGAGUGGAUGCUGCGUGAGCAGGAGCGACUGCAGUCACUCGUUCGCCGCUACCAGUCGCCCGACGAGUACCCCUUCUUCCCCCACGUACUCCAGACGCCCAUCCUCAAACCCCUCCACUACCCGCAAAUAUUGCAUCCCAACAAUGUCAAUGUCAACGCCCAAUUAAAAGACUGCUACAUCAAGCACAUCCUCCCUGCAGCAUGUAUGCAGACGGACCGUGGGGAUAGAGGCGAGUCACAGGAGAACUAUGGCUCAUCUGCCACGUGCGAUGUCAUGACCAUCCAGGCCUUGUCGCGAAGGAUCCACUUUGGCAAGUUCGUCGCCGAGGCAAAGUUCCAGCAAGAGACUGAGCGCUUCGUCAAGUUGAUCAAAGAGGAAGACCGCAAGGGUAUCGACGAAGCCAUUACCAACGCCGCCGUAGAAAAGAAGGUUCUUGAGCGACUGAGAUUAAAGGCAAAGACCUAUGGCACUGACCCUGAUCUGGGCGCCAAUGGUUCAUCCAAGGUUAAUGCCGAUGCCGUCGUUGCCAUGUACAAGGACUGGGUCAUUCCUUUGACAAAGGAAGUCGAGGUAGAAUACCUCAUGCAACGCCUCAAGGGCACCCAAUGGGAGUAGAUUUCAACCGUGACAGAUCGUCUAGAAUGCACCGUUGAGACCCGGAACGACAUUUCUCUCAGCUCCGACUUUUGCCACCGCCUCGCAAACUUCCGUCUUUUGGAUUGCCGCUAUCUCAAUGUGUUGUGUGAAAUCCGUGUGCUACCACAGGACUGUUGAGUACUCUCUCCAGAGCGUUUGGGCUUUCUCUAGAUAUCAGCUUGCGAGAUAUUGUAGAGCGUUGUUACUCUUAUAGACUAAGAUGGAAAGAUAGACAUGGUUAUGAAUAGACAUGAUGUACCAUU